CCUUUUUUUCAUUCGAGGGAUUCAAAUAGUAGAUUCGAAGCUCUGAAUUACUCCUCCGUGUUGUUUCGAAGGAUUUAAAUAGUAACUCAGAGGCUGUAAAUCACUACUCCGUGUUGUUACGAAGGAUUUGAAUAGUAGCUUCGAGGCUCUGAACCACUACUCCGCUUUGUUUCGAAGGAGUGAAGCAGUAGCUGCAGAGUCGCAGAGUCCCGUGAAGGGGCAGGAGGGAGGUCGUACGUUUUUUCGUCCCGUAAAGGGAACUCGACAAAGAAACCUUACCACAGUGUCACCAGGCCUUAGACCACCAUCCACGGGUGUAGAACAUGGCCGGAGCAGCGUCAUGGCCUUUGUGCUGGUGUUUAUUGUUGGUCCACGUGGCGGCGUGUGCAGGCCGCCCCACCAGCCCACUCACCUCACCCAACACAAGGCCCAACAGGCCUUUCCCCUCCCUCGCCGCCUCUUCUUUCUCCUCCGUCAACUCUACCUUCGCCAGUUUUCCGCCUGCCUCCGGAGAUCUGAACAGGACUGGAGGCAAAAAGGAGAAGGUGAAGUUCAAAAAGUACAAGGAUGGGAUGCGGGCGUGCUGGGAGGGUGUCUGGGGCUACGGGCGUGAGGAGCGGUGUGACAGGAGCGUCCACUGCCCCGACGCCUCAGACGAGAGUGACUGUCCCUGCGUCAGACUCAUCCCCAGGAAGUACCUGUGUGACGACUACCUUGACUGCCCAGACCUGUCUGACGAGUUAGGGUGUGGCGACUGUAAGGAAAUGGAAGUUCAGUGCUCAGUGAAUGGGACAAGUGUGUGUGUGCCACCGGGGAAGGUGUGCGACGGAGUGGCUGACUGUGGCAAUGGGAAGGACGAGAGGCUGUGCUAUAGGCUGGCAGCUUCGCAGGAGGAGCAGCCGAAGUACUUGGCCCUGAGGAGCAGUGGGUACGUGGAGGUGCGGCAGAAGGUUGGCUGGGCGCCCCUGUGCGGCCACAUCCAGCAGGACCUGAACGACCUGGUCAAUAAAAUCUGCAGUGAGCUGGUGGGUGAGGAAAGGGUGGGCCCAGACCAACAUGAAUUCGUGCCCAUGAACAGUACCACAAAAAGGAAGCACUGGGCUCACCUCCACCGGGAACGCUUUGACUUCUCCUCCAUGUGUAAAGGCCACUGGGUCCACAUCACCUGUGGGGCUGUCACCUGCGACAACUCAUCAGGUGGCCGCUUCAGGAGAGAGGCAGACAUUGAAAGAGAAAAGGAAACAGGUGACAUUGACUUAGAAGUUGGAGUGAAGGAUCUAGAGAGGCACAAGGAAAUGAAGCAAGAAGAGAAGGAAGAGGAUGAGAAGGAGGAGAGUGGAAAGGAGGCAGCCAACAAGACGAGGGUGAGACAGAAGCGGGAUCAUGGGAUGUGGGAUCUGAGGGUGGUGGGGGGCAGCGAUGCACCAGCCUCACUCUGGACCUUCCUUGUGGGCAUCAAGAGGAAUGGAAUCUUCUACUGUGGCGGGUCGAUCCUCUCCCAGCACUGGGUACUCUCUGCUGCCCACUGCGUCUAUGAGCCCAAGUCAGCUGUGUAUGAGGUGCACGCCGGCAUGCUGCGCCGCAACUCCUGGUCCCCAUAUGAACAGUCCUCGCUGGUGACCCACAUCCUGAAACACGAAGACUUUGACGCCCACUACAUCAGGAACGAUUUGGCACUCUACAGACUGCAGACUCCCUUCCACUUCAACAGGUGGGUGCGCCCAGUGUGCUUGGCGAACCACCUCUACCCGCAGGAGAAGGACAUCUGCACCGUGGCAGGCUGGGGCAACCUGCAGGAGGACGGAGAAGACUCCCAGCAGCUGCAGCAAGUUGACCUCCCCAUCCUGGCGACCUGUAAGAGUGAGACGUUCUUCAAGGACACGGAGGUUUUGUGCGCUGGGUACGAGAAGGGGCAGAAGGAUGCCUGCCAGGGGGACUCUGGCGGGCCUCUCAUGUGUACUGGGCCCGAGGAAGGCUGGGUGCAGGCUGGUGUGGUGUCCUUUGGCCGGGGGUGUGCUCGACCGCGUCACCCUGGCGUGUAUGUGCGUAUUACUUACCACCUCAAGUGGCUCUACUCCAAACUGGAGUCAAUGAGUGAGUUGUCCAGUUUGCCCAGCAGCACACAGACCAUUGCUGAGUGUGGGGGAGUGGCCUGCCUGCUGGGGGAUGGGCGCUGCCUGCCAAUACACCAUGUCUGUGACAACAAGGUUGACUGUAUGAAUGCCGAGGAUGAGCUGGAGUGUGAGCGUAAGGUUGAGACACCCGAGGACAAACCAACCCAUGAGGCGUACAAACAGACGACCACACCUUCCACCACCCCAUCUACCACCACCACUCCCUCUACCACCACCACCACCACCACAACUACAACCACCACCACAACACCACCUCCUCCACCUGUCACCACCCCCACCACAACCACAACCUCCACUCUACCUCCCGUCACCACCUCCAUCGUGAAUGCUGCGGGGGUGAAGGAGGACUGUGUGUUGCCAGCGGAGAUAAUGGAGAACAAGACCGAGAGUUGUGAGGGGGAUGACUUUCUCUGCUCCAGAAUACCCGAGUGUGUGUCGCGGGAGAGAGUGUGUGACGGGGUGCCCCACUGUGCUGACGGGACAGAUGAAUUGGGCUGCUACUGUGUGGACCGCCUGUACACUAUGGGCAAGGAAGACCUGGUGUGUGAUGGCAUCUUCGACUGUCAUGAUCUGAGCGACGAGGACUGUGAGCCGUGCGAGAGCCAGUUCGUGUGUCUGAUGAGCCGCCAGUGUACGCCCAUGGCUCAAGUGUGUGACGGGAAGAAGAACUGUAAAUUUGGGGAGGACGAGCUCUUCUGCAUGGCCUUGAUCAAGCGACACGAGACGCCCGAUUUUGACCGCUUCGGGAACCUGGCAACGCACAAAGAGGGGCGGCUAGUGCUGAGAAUGAAGGGUGUGUGGGAUACCAUCUGUGUGGACACCAUCAGCAGGAAGAUCGGCCAACAGGUGUGCAACCUGCUGGGCUAUGGGAGACUGGAGGAUCUGUUCUAUGUUGAUGACUACAAACACCUUCCGUCCCCGCUCACACCAAUAGCAGGCAAGUCCCACCCCAAAAUGCCGCAACACACUGCCAACAACUUUAAGAGGCUCAGGUCGCCAGUCGAAGGAGGCCAUAGGCAUAUUCGAUCUGUUAGGGAGCAUGAUGCUGCCCCUGGGAACACCACAGAGGAGGAAGAUAUACGAGCAGAAGUUUUGAGGGCGGUGCGUUCAACAAGGGAGACUAAAGGGGAGCAGUGCCGCCAGGUGGUGCUGAGCUGUGAGGAGGAGAAGUGUGGGAAGGCAUCUCUCUACUUCUUCAGUAAGCUGACACCUGUGUGGAUGUUCGGUGGGUCUCCGUGGUCAGGCAACGUGUAUGUGGACGGCCAGUACAGGUGUGGCUGCACACUUGUCCACCCCCACUGGGCCAUCACCUCUAGUGCCUGUAUGGGCCACAUCAGUGUGGAGGAGUCGUUGGUGUGGGUGGUGAUGGGGUCAUGGCGGCGGGUGGGGGGACUGCCGCGGGUGUGGAGUGGCAAUGAAGAGGGGCGGCAAGUGGGCGGGACUCGGCUGGUGGGUGUGGGUGAGGUCCUCCUGCUCCGACUCACCUCCAGGAUGCCCAAGACCACCUACAUCACCCACCUCUGCCUCCCCACUGAGGAGGCGAGCAACUUGGGGCCGUACAGCAGGUGCUCGAUAGCGGGGAUAGCCGAGGAUUACUACAGGGAGAGUGUUGGCAUCCCCUUCACCUCCUCAGCCAACUGUCUCCCUCAGCACUUCUGCCCAGAGGUGGAGGAUGAGUUCAAGAAUAUAUGCAUGGAGGCAUGGUCAGGGGUCAUUGCAUGUCAGCUGACCCAGGGCACCAACCCCACGUGGGCGGGCGUUGGGAUGUGGUCGUACCGGAAUCCUUCAGGGGAGUGCAGUCCAGCAAAGACUCACCCACUCUUCACCUCUGAGGACCUGAAGGAAAUACACAGGAUCAUGGAGGAAGACCAGGUGCCACUGAGUGUGGGUACGUGCACUGGGCGGCUGUGUGUGACAGGCGUGUGUGUGGAGGCUGCAGGGGAGUGUGACGGUAGACUCGAAUGUCCUGACCUGAGUGAUGAGAAGCCCUCCUGCCCGCCUCCUGCACCCCACUGCACCACCCUCGAUGGUGAAGACGACUGUGAAUGUCCCAUGGGGUGGUGGACAUGUCAGGACAAGCUUUGCAUCCCUGGCAGUGCUGUAUGUGACGGAGUAGAGGACUGCACCAGCGGGGAUGAUGAGACUGACUGUUCCUGCUGCAAGGUGUUGUUGUUCCGGGCACCACAGAAGAAGUGUGACGGAGUGUUGAAUUGCCCAGACCAGACUGACGAGAUGGAUUGUGGCUGCCAGACCUCCACGCAUUCCUUCAGGUGUUACAGAUCAAGGCCACAGAAAUGUGUUGGGAAGGACAGCGUGUGUAACGGAGAGGAAGACUGUCCCGAGGGUGAAGACGAGGACCAUUGUAUCACACUUGUUCCUCACCUCAGGCUGGAGGAGGAUGUGUUGGGCCACUUAUUAUAGUAGGCUACAUGAAGGGCACAACACCCCCUAUCCAGCACCACCAGCGUGCACUACACUGCUCUGGAGGAUGUGGCGUGUUUAGAUAAAUCAAUCUGCAUUUUCCUUAUGUCACAGUUUAUCUAUAGUCUGGUUAUACCAACAUGUUCAUGAGACUUCUUUAUAGUAAGAAAUGGUUUAUAUCAGAAGUAAGUCAAUAUUUGCUGCAAAUAUUAUCUAGAUGUAAAAGUGGUAUAUACACUUUAGACUCCUUAUCUCGCUUAUACUCGUCAUUAUUUCUUUACUUUUUGUUUUAUGAAGUUCUGACAAGCAUAUUUAGAAUCUAUAAUUACUGCUGCACUCAAUGGCAUUGACUAAAAUUACCUAUUUUUUAUAAGAGGUGAGCUAGAAUAAAUGAUAUAAACACAUGUAACAUCAGGAGCAUGUGAGAGUGACUGUCAUGUCCACGAGAGCCGGGAGAGGAAGCCAGCCAGUCAGGCAUUGUGUUACAAAUACUGCUAAGCUGCCAGAGGAACAGUUGGUUGAAAUAAAUUAGUACUGUAGCAACAUUAUACAGUAGUAGUGGCAAUAAAAUUAGUGAUCGCUAAUGAGGAGUCAUAGGACAGGAGAGAAGGAUGAAAGGGAAGUACAGUAAUAAAUAAAAGUAUGAAAAAGAGUGAGGAAGGCACACAGACAUAGUUGCAUUGGUUUCUUGAUCCUCACAGGCAGCCAAAAAACUACCACCAAGGUUUCUUGAUGGUCCGUGUCUCGGGCAAGUGGUUCACCUAUGACUACGCCUCAUGGGAGAGCUACCUGUCGCACCUCAUCUGCCUUCAGUUGGGCUACUUGCAGGCGGCCGAGAC